AUGUCUGAUCACAGCAACGGCAACGGCGUCGGAAAGGACAGCGACUAUGCCGAGGGCCACAAGGAAACCCUGAGCCGCUUCCGCUCCGCCCAGAGCAUCUCCAUGACCCCGGAGCUCUUUGAGAAGCUGUACCUCUCGCCGCAGAACAAGGUCAAGGGCGACUUGCGCAAGACGUUUGCCAAUCCGACUCCAAUUGCGGUGGCCGGGUUCAUCCUCUGUCUGACGCCGCUGGCGUGCGACCUCAUGGGCUGGCGCGGCGCGGGCGGCAACGGCGCGGCGAGCAUCCCCGUCUACUACUUCCAAGGCGGUAUUCUCAUGACGCUCGGCGCCAUCCUCGAGUGGAUUCUCGGCAACACCUUUCCCGCCGUCGUCUUUGGCACCUUUGGCACCUUUUGGCUCUCCUUCGCCAGCACCCUCAACCCGUCCUUUUCUGCCUUUGCGUCGUACGCGCCCGCGGGGGAGCCCGGGGCCGCCGGUCUGGAGACGCAAGGAUUCAACGCCAGCUUCGGCUUCUGGUUGCUGUUCAUGGGAUUUCUCUGCUUCGUCUACCUGAUUUGCUCCGUCCGAACCAACAUUGUCUUCUUCCUCAUCUUCCUCUGCCUGGUCUUGGCCUUCAGCCUCCUCACGGGCGCGUACUGGGCGCUGGCAAAGGACUAUGCCGGCAAUGCGGCCUACGCGCACAAGCUGGUUGUGGGCGGCGGCGCGGCGGCAUUUGCCUGCGCAAUGCUUGGGUGGUACCUCUUCUUCGCGCUGCUCUUUGCCGCCGUCGACUUUCCCUUUCAGCUUCCGGUCGGCGACUUGUCGACCACGGUCCGCGGCUACAGCGAGAAGAACAAGAUUGUCUGA